UCUGUGUUUACGUGUAAGCAUGGCGGCUUCCAUUGACAAUGUGGAAAGUGUAACAGGACUGCUAGAAGACUGUAUAUCUAAACAUGGAUUUGAAGUCUAUCCUCUCAAGGUUGGUUGGUACAACUCAGUGUUGCCCCCCUCUCUGCACCUGGCUUACCCAGAUGACUGCCUGGCUAUGGUGAUACUCAGCACUCCUGCCAUGUUUGAACAAGCCUUCUUGCCCUUCAUGCAGGAGAGAGGCUGCCAGACACUGUCUGACCCCAUAGACCAGUGUGUCAAACACUGUGUGUCCUCUGCUGUCUCACAGUGUUUUCCAGGACAGAAGGUGGAUGUGCGGUAUGACUACGAACUGUUGCCCAGCAGGAAGCCAAAGUUCUUGGCACAGACUGCUGCUCAUGUGUCUGGAGCAGCUUUCUACUACCAGAAGUCUGAUGUCACAGACCAACCCUGGGGUGAAAAAAAGAUGUUUGGAGUGUGUGUGCAUCCGAGGUUUGGGGGCUGGUUUGCCAUCAGAGCCCUGCUGGUGUUUGAAGGUAUGACGGUGGGCUCUGAGCUGGUGCAGCCUGUUCCUCCUGACUGUGUGCCUUCCAGAGAGGGCAGGAUAAAGCUGCUUGAGGCUUUCAACCUUCACUGGCAGGACUGGAGCUACAGAAACAUUGUCUGUCCAGUCAGUACCUACUCUCAGAAACAGAUGGACUACUUUUCGACUAAACCCGCCGAGCGCUUCACUCUGCUCAGGACUUGGGGUUUCCUGCCGAGGGACGACGAUCAGCCUGAUCCCUGCUCUGACACACAGACCCAGGUGAAUGGACACGGCUGAAAGACAAAGCGCAGCUGUAGGGUGGAAGUGUUGCUCGUCCUCUCUGAGCACUGACCUGCACUGCUUGUCAGACUUUAAAUUCACAUUUGAUUGGACCUUAAUUGACUCACUGAACUGAGGCCCAAGAUGGGAUGUUAAUUUAAGCUCAUACGGUUAUGGUGAAAGCUUUUUAUGGCAUGUAGGACACUUUUUAAGGACUUUAAUGUGAACAGUCACUGCUGUGGCUUAAAUGUGAUGAUGUUUCUGAAUGUGAUGUACCUGAAAAUACCAUAUUUUAUUUUUCUGAAUAAUAGGCAGCUCCUUUCACAGUGUCCCCUUCCUGAAUGUACUCAUACAUAAUGUAUGAAUUUAUUAGUAAGCGCUGUUGCAGCUGAAUGCAACUCUUGUUUGAGUAAAAUGCUUUUAAAAA